CGUCGAAAGGGCGCCCGGACUUUUUUUUAGCACGCAUUCAACCGGAGAAAAGGUCACGAGGGAAGCGCGACGCGCUCGGACAGGUCAAAGUGCUGCGGAUCCUCAUCGUGGUUUCAUCGCGGGGUGGAGAUGGAAGACGAGACAAAGCACAACAUCGACAAGCUCGUCGACGAUCUGAGGCACGCCGUGAGAUUAGAGGCCUCGCAGGACGAGGGUUCCGACAUUGUCCAGAUACUGGACUCUGUGGUGAAUGUCAGUAAAACUUCAAUCGGAGAGACUACUGAGUUGGUUAUCGAUGAAGUUUUCCUAAAGUUGCUUGGACACAAAUCUGAGCAGAUUGUAGGAAAAACAGCGAAAGCCAUUGCAGAGAUUGCAAAGACGGAAAGAGGAAGGGAGAAAUGUACCACUAUGGAAUUGGUACGAGCAUUGAUCAGUUUGCUGAAGAAGCAAGACAUAGACACGAUGACACAGGCUUCCAGAGCUCUAGGAAACAUUUGCUACGAAAAUGAAAACGGCAAAAGGCUGGUGAGGGAGCAGGAUGGUCUGAAAGUAAUUCUGGCAGUAUUGAAGAGAGGUAUCGCGUUAAAAAAUGCCGAGGGUGCUAGUUUCUUACGGAACGUCGCCGCUGGAGUUUUAUUAAACUUUCUGGUAGACCAAGAGGCAUUGUACAAAAAGGCACUCGAGGAAGAUGCGAUAUCGAUUAUUUGCAGCGUCUUGGAAGAAGAUGGCACCAGUGGUGGCGAAGCGGCCAUGCAUGCAUUGCUUACUCUCGGCAUAUUAAAUGAUGCAAACAUUGUGUUCCUUGAUGAGAGAUUAACAAGGGUUCUAGUUGAUAUACUUGCUAGUGACACUUCCUCCGAGCUUUCCGAGAUGUGCCUGGAGCUUUUACACGGCCAAGCGGAAAAUGAAGAUGCAAAACUGCUAUUGGCUAAGGCGGGAGUAUGCGAAUUAUUGCUAAAACUAUUAGAAAAACACGGUCCACACUGCAACGACGAGGAGACGCGAUCCAUUCUAAAAGUAGCCUGCAAUCUGAUCGUUUUGAUCUUAACUGGAGAUGACAGCAUGAACUUCCUUUACGACGAUAGCAAAGGUCCUGUCUACAGGAAACUGGUGGAAUGGCUCGAGAGCCUUGACGAGGACUUACGGAUCACUGCAGUUUUGGCUAUGGGAAACUUUGCGCGGACUGACACACAUUGCAAGCACAUGGUCGAGCAGGGAAUCCAUCGGAAACUGCUGAAGCUCCUACGAAGAAACGGCAAUAAAUCCGGUGACAUCAGGUGCCAGCACGCUCUGCUGAGUGCGUUACGCAAUCUCGUCAUACCAACCGACAACAAAUCGCUGAUACUUGCCGAUGGUCUGAUCGACAUCCUCUACCCGAUGCUGGAUAUCCCUACUUUUCCAGUAGUUUUCAAGUUAUUGGGAACGCUCAGAAUAGUCAUAGAUGGCCAAAGAGAAGCGGCAGUGUCCCUAGGACGGCGGGAGGACUUGAUUAAGCGAGCGGUUGAAUGGUGCGGUAUCGAGGACCAUCCGGGUGUGCAGGGCGAAGCAAAUAGAUUGAUCGCUUGGUUAAUAAACAAUAGCAGGGACAAGCAGAUCGCCUUAUCGAUCAUUAAGUACGGCGCGGUACAGCAUUUAGUUAAUAUGCUUCUGGCGCAGCACGCGUUAAUGCAAAACGAAGCGAUCAUGGGUCUGACAGUGCUGACGAUGAUCUGCCCGACGGAAUCCGAGGAGCUGUUAAUCGAGGCGGACUUUGGACGCAGCAUGCGCGAGUUUUUCGAAGCACGUGCCGACAAUCUCGACGCGCACAUUGUGCUAAACGCACUCACGCUACUGGACAGCGUUGUGCGAUCAGACCGAUUAAAGAAGCAUCUGAAGAAUUGCGGGCUGGCCAGCGCGUGCAAAACCUUAGAUGAGAGGGAAGAUAUCGUUACAGAGGUGCGAACGCGCGUUACUGCGCUACGGGCGGAGCUCUGCACCACUUUAGGAACGAGCUGCAAUUAAAAAAAAAAAAAAAAAAAAACAACCAAUGACCAAAAUCAAACUGAUUUACGCGUGCACGCUCACGCUGCCACUCCCACCGUUGUAUCUUCCGUCAUUCCAAAGAGCUGUGCAAAUUUCUCCAAUGACCAAAUCAUCGCCAAUUCGAUCCACGGAUCGCAAAGUGUAUUUUAUUUAUCGAGAAAUACAUAUUCUCUAUUGAUG